AUGACGUGCUGCCUCUUCAGCAUUCUUAUGUUGCUCCUAAUCGCGCUACAGAUUGCUCAAACCCAAAAGAUAAUUCAUAAUGUAAGUGUAAAAAGAAUAUACUUAAGUAAUGCUUAUAGAAAACGUUUAAAAAAAAAAAAAAUUGUAGACAUGCAUAUAUUAACGAAAAGAUAUACAAACGGAUCAUUCAGAUCAGUCGGAUCAGUUGGUUCAAUCGGAUGUAUAAAAAAGAAAACGACACGAAUUAAGACCAUAUCAUUUUUACAUGCACAAAGUGAAUUGAUAAAAAAUGGCCACCGUUUCUUUACUCUGCAUGUCCGUGGAUGUACAAAUAUCAAACCCAAAACGAAUAAGUCAAUUGCUAAAAGAUUUAAAAUAACGAAAAAUGGAAAACUUAUAAGAAAAAAAGCUGGCCGAAGUCACCUGCUCCGAAAAAAAACAUCAUCCAAUAAGGCAUCUUUGCGAAAGAGGACUACCAUUGCAUCUACUCGUAUCGAAAAGAAGUACAAAAGUGCCAUUCAUACAUAG